UGCUCCCCGUCCAUUGCCUCUGAGAAUGUCUCUCCUAUCCGACUCUGAGGGAGAGCAGGAUGACCUGAACCUCCUCACUAUCAACGAACACUACGCCAAGGCAUUCGAGUACAAAAAGGAGCGGCAGGAGCUCGAGAAGUUGAAGGCGAAGUACGGCUCGGACUAUGAGGAGGAUGAUAUCUCUGAGUCUGACUCUGAGUCUGAUGAGUCGGAGGAUGAGGAUGGGGAGGAGCUGACACCGGCUGUGGACGCGGCGAUCCUGCGCACGCUCGCGCGGAUCAAGCGCAAGGACCCAGAGAUCUACGACUCGAAGACGAAUAUCUUUCAAGCGGAGCAGCAGAAGCUGGCGGACGUGAAGCCAAAGACGCGGCUGACGAAGGACAAGUCCAAGCCCGUAACCAUGCGCCAGGUUGCUCUGGAGAAUGCGCUAGACCGCGGUUCGCGCACACCCUCACCAGAGCCCGUCACCCACGUCGAGGAGCAGCGCGCCCUCCGAGACGAGACGAUCGCUGCAUUCCACACCGCCGUUGACAGCGCAGAUGACGAGGACGACCUCCUGAUACCUCGAGAGAAGACCAAGGAUGAGCUCGAACGCGAAGAAGAGGAGUACCGCACCUUCCUUGAGCGCGAAGUCGGGGAGGACCUAUCCCAUCUGGUCUCCGUGGAGUCCGCGGCGGGCACCUCUGCUGCGGUGGAGGAGGCUGAGGAAGAGUCACCCAAGAAAAAGAAAAAGAAGGAGAAGAAGAAGGCGGAGAAGGGACAGGAGAAGGGGAGGAAGUCGAAGGAGGAGGAGGACCAUGAGUUCCUCAUGAACUACAUCCUCAACCGCGGCUGGAUGGACCGCGAGAGCAAGCGCAUCCCGACCUACAAGGAAGUCACAUCUUCGAAAAAGGAAAAGGGCAAACACCGCGCCGAGCCCAACUCGUCCGACUCCGAGAGCGACGCCUCCGAUAACGAGAACGCCAAGCCCACCGCGGACCCCGACAUCGACGAGUCCGACUUCGAGGAAAUCGUCGACCGCUUCGAGAGCUCGUACAACUUCCGCUUUGAGGAGCCGGACGCGGCGACGAUCAAGACGUACCCGCGCAAUAUUGAGACGACGGUGCGGCGGGAGGAGAACCCGCGGAAGGAGGCGAGGGAGAGGAAGAAGCAGAGGAAGGAGGAGGAGCUGCAGCGGAAGAGGGAGGAGGUGCGGCGGUUGAAGGCGUUGAAGAUGAAGGAGAUUCGGGCGAAGCUGGAUAGGAUUGGGCGCGAGGGGGGUAAGGACCUGGAGCGCGAUGCGGCGCUGCAAGAGCUCGACCUCGAAGCCGACUGGGACCCGGAGGCGCACGACAGGCAAAUGGCCGGCCUCUACGGUGACGACUUCGAAGGAGAUGAGGAGAAACCGACCUGGGACGACGACAUCGACAUUGGCGACAUACCCAUGUCUGACGAUGACGCACAACCAGCCUCCAAGAAGGACAAGAAGAAAAAGAAGAAGAAAAAGAAGGACGAGGACGAAGAUAUGGAGGCCGACGGUGUUGACAUUGACGCCAUGGAUGCGGACGCGCCGCCGCCUGAUUUUGAUGACGAAGAGUGGGACGGCACGGAGGAGAUGCGAAAACGCAAGCUCGACGAGUACAUGAACGAACUGUAUGGGCUGGACUUCAACGAUAUGGUCGGCGGCAUGCCCACUCGCUUCCGCUACGUCAGCGUCCCCAAGCAAGACUUCUCCCUCACCCCGGCCGAGAUCCUCAUGGCCACCGACAAGGAGCUCAACGAGUACAUGAGCAUCAAGAAGUACGCCCCGUACAAGCGCGACAACAAGUGGGACCCCAAGCGACCGGACAAGAUCCGCGAGCUGCGGCACAAGAUCGGGGAGCGGACGGGCGGGCGGAUGCCGUUUGCGGCUGGGGGCGAAGGCGGGCAGGAUGGGGAGAAGAAAAAGAAGCGGAAGGGGAAGAGCGAGCGCAAGAAGGCGAAGGCCGCUGCGGUGGAAGGUGGAGGCGAUGGGGAGGAGGUCUACGAAGAGGAGGCGUCAUCGAACUUGGGCAAGCGCGAGCGCGAGGAGGACGCGGUGCCAGCGGAUGCAACAGGCGACGGUCAAUCUGCGAAGAAGCGGAAACGAAAGCACAAGAAGAAAGAGGUCGAGUAGUGACCAUCUCGUGUACAUAUUUGUACUGUCUUCCACUAGCUGCUUUCUCUACAAGAAACCAGCAUAGCGCGUCCGUUCGAAUAUACGUUUGGCUUCAGAUGGAUUGGAAGCCACGACAUCGUGCACCA